AUGGUACGCAAACUCAAACACCACGAGCAGAAGCUCCUCCGAAAAGUCGAUUUCACGACCUACAAAUCCGAUCCUUCCCACCGCACCUCUGCCAUUCUCCGCCGCUAUCAUAUCCAGAACCCACAGGAUUAUACGCACUAUAACCGCCUCUCCGGCUCCCUCCGUCAACUUGCGCAUCUCCUCGCCCUUCUACCUCCUGACUCUCCUUUCCGCACAAAACAUGAAUCUCUCCUACUCGAGAAACUUUACUCAAUCGGCCUCUUAUCCCAGGGCACGAAGCUCUCAGAAAUAGAAAGAAAGAUGGGCGUCAGCAGAUUUGCAAGGAGGCGAUUACCGGUGGUGAUGACGCGGCUGCAAAUGGCUCCGACGGUGAAAGACGCCGUGAAGUUUGUUGAGCAGGGGCAUGUCAGGGUUGGUGUGGAGGUGGUGACGGAACCGAGCUACUGCGUGAAUAGAAAUAUGGAGGAUUUUGUUACUUGGGUGGAUUCGAGUAAGGUGAAGAGGCAUGCUUUAAGGUAUAGGGAGAAGCUCGAUGAUUUUGAUCUGCUGUGA